GCUUUUUGAGAAAGUCAAUACUAACACCUCAAUACACGUUCUGGUGGGAAAACGCUGUACACGUCUUUGUUUUAUCAAUGCUCAAUUAUCGAUUCGCAAAACCGUGACUAAUGCAACCCCCAUUCGAAAUGGGGCAGAUUUUCAUGGCGUAUUCAUGUCUUCAGCAAUGUAACCCGAAGACUUUCUCCAAGAAAGAAAUUGACCACCUGAGCGAUCGCAUGAAGAACGUUUUGGAAAGUGCAGAAGCUCGAAAUAUUUUCAACAAGUACCUACAUGAAGUGCGAAGGGGGGAUUUGCUGAAGGUGCUGGUGCUUUGGUGCAAAGCUGACUUGCAUCUGAGGGAAUCACAGGUGAUGAGUGACAGUUUUGAGGAUCUCAUCGACGAAAUUGACGACUUCAAUACAAUGCCGUUCCUAAGUAUUAACGAAAAUAACUUUAAAUUGUUGUAUGUAAAGCAGGAGUGCUGUAGAAUACUUUCAAAAAUUUUAAACAAUUUUGUUAAGUAUUUAGAAAAGUAUCACAUGCAUUGAUUACAUAUUUCUCAAAUAAAAUUUGUUAGUUUUUUAA